AAGGAGACCACGGCUGGGAUCGUAUCGGGAAUCGGAGGUUUCCAGUCGCCUGCCUGGGGAUUGCAAAUGCUGUUUGCUGGCCCCACCGAGGGGUCCCUGCUAGUUUGUUUUUUUCCUUAAGGGGAAGGAGAGUGGAAGGAAGGGGCAUGCACAGGAUACUGACCGGACGUGAACUGGAGUAUUUCUGAUGUAGGGAUUCUAGUUGCUUGUUCAGGUCAAGUUCGUUUCCGGAAGCUCCUCCCCCCUUUAAUUGACUAGUGGGGUUUGGCAGAAUUUGGAUGAAUUGAAGUGGGCUAGCUUGACCCACUCGUGGUGGUUUCUUUCUUUCUUUUUUCUUUUCUUUUGUAUUUUGAGGACGCGGCUCCAUCCCCGUGCAGGAUGGAAGUUUUCAAGUCUUGUGUGCUUAGAAGAAGUGCAUGUGCCGCCGCCGCCUGCUUCUGGAGAAGCAAAGCUAUCUCAAAGCGGCCAGUUAGAGAGAUUAGUACUACGUCUGCGCGAAACACGGUCAUGCCCGCUUGGGUGAUAGAUAAGUAUGGAAAGAACGAAGUUCUUCGAUUCAACCAGAACAUGUUGUUACCGAUCAUACACUAUCCAAACGAAGUCAUUAUCAAAGUCCAUGCUGCCAGUGUAAAUCCUAUAGAUGUUAAUAUGAGAAGCGGUUAUGGAGCAGCAGCUUUAAAUAUGAAACGUGACCCUUUGCAUAUAAGAACCAGAGGAGAAGAGUUUCCACUGACUCUGGGUAGGGAUGUGUCUGGUGUGGUGAUGGAGUGUGGGCUUGAUGUAAAGUAUUUCCAGCCUGGAGAUGAGGUCUGGGCUGCCGUUCCUCCUUGGAAACAAGGCACUCUCUCAGAAUUCGUUGUGGUCAGUGGGAAUGAGGUCUCGUACAAGCCCAAAUCACUCACUCAUACUCAAGCUGCCUCUUUGCCAUAUGUGGCUCUCACAGCCUGGUCUGCCAUAAACAAAGUUGGUGGCCUGAAUGCCAAGAAUUGCAAGGGAAAACGUGCUUUAAUCUUGGGCGCCUCAGGUGGAGUUGGUACUUUUGCGAUACAGAUAAUGAAAGCAUGGGGUGCUCAUGUGACAGCAGUUUGCUCUCAGGACGCUGGUGCCCUUGUAAAGAAGCUUGGAGCAGAUGAAGUCGUUGAUUACACGUCGGGAAGUGUGGAAGAGCAAUUGAAAUCCUUAAAACUGUUUGACUUUAUCCUCGAUAAUGUUGGUGGAUCUACUGAAACAUGGGCUCUAAAUUUUCUCAAGAAGUGGUCAGGAGCCACCUAUGUGACUCUGGUGACGCCUUUCCUCCUGAACAUGGACCAACUGGGCAUUGCUGAUGGCAUGUUGCAGACUGGAGUCACCAUGGGUACCAAGACAUUGAAGCAUUUCUGGCAAGGAGUGCAUUACCGCUGGGCCUUCUUCAUGGCCAGUGGUCCAUAUCUAGAUGAAAUUGCAGAACUGGUGGAUGCAGGAAAGAUUCGGCCAGUAAUUGAACAAACCUUCCCCUUUUCUGCCGUCCCAGAAGCCUUCCUGAAGGUGGAAAGAGGCCACGCCCGAGGGAAGACUGUGGUUAACGUCAUUUAAACGAACAUGUGCGUGCCAGCUGCUUUCGUCUUGCUGAGUGCCUGUGAUCUGGACAUCUAGCCCUCUAGAUAUUUUUCCAAGCUAGAUUCUAAGUUGCAUGAUGUGUUUACAGACCUAAAUGUGGACUGGUGAGACGACUCAGCAGAUAAAGCUGCUGGGAGUGCAAACACGGCUUCCUGAGCCCCAUCCCUGGAACUCACAUAAAGGGGGGAGCGCACUGAGGCCACAGAACUGUUUUCUGAUCCUCUGCCCCAUGCUCAUGCCUCCACAAUGAUAAAGAAAAUAAAUAAUUUUUAAUAUUG